UCCACAUAUAUACAAUUACAUCAAAUAUCCAUAGGAAAUCACCCUGCAUAUAUAGCUCCGGAAAGGUGUUAGCUAGCUAAAAUGGAAAAGCUUGCUAAGCAGGUUCUGAUUUGCAGUUUAUUAAUGGCACUUGUUUUGCUAUCAUGCCCAAUAAUAAUGUCUCAAGAAGUUGAGGACGAAAGCGAGUUUAACUAUGAUGUAAAGAGUGAGAUAGGACCAUUUAAUUGGGGAGACAUUAAACCCGAAUGGAGUAAAUGCAAAAAUGGAUCCAUGCAAUCACCGAUUGAUUUGUUGAAUGAGAGGGUUCAAAUAGUAUCCCAUUUGGGAACACUUCAGAUGAACUACCGGCCAUCCAAUGCAACUCUUAAGAAUAGGGGUCAUGAUAUCAAGCUGGCAUGGCUUGCGGGCACAAGCUAUCUACAAAUCAAUGGAACUCAGUAUGUACUAAAACAGUUCCAUUGGCAUUCUCCCUCUGAACACACCAUAGAUGGCAAAAGGUUGGAUCUUGAGUUACACAUGGUGCACGAAACUCCAUCAGGACAAACUGCAGUUAUUGGAAUGUUGUAUAAAGUUGGAACAGUACCAGAUCCUUUCUUGGCAUUGUUGACGAAGCACUUGGUAACCAUUUCCAAUAGUACGGGAGCAGAAAAAGAUGUGGGUGUAAUGGAUCCUAGACUGGUUAAAAUAAGCAUUAGCGGAACACAGUAUUACAGAUACGUGGGUUCAUUGACUACCCCUCCGUGCACUGAGGAUGUUUCUUGGACCAUACUUAGAGAGAUGAGAUCCGUUUCAAGGGAGCAAAUCAGAUUGCUUCGAGAAGCCGUUCAUGAUGAUUCAGGUGUUAAUGCAAGACCAUUGCAGCCAAUAAACAACCGCUUUGUGCUGCUCAAUAAGCCGAAAGAUCCACGUUAAAGUUUCAAGGCAUUGACUUUGACGUGGGCAUUUGUAAAUGACCAAAAUAUGAUUUGGAAUUUUGGUCGAUCGGAGAGUGAAUUUUAACAUGCAGUACUAGGCCUGUAUGUGAAUGUGAUUAAUGUUAUUCUUUUCUAUUUUUGUAUUUUAUUCCAUGUUUUAGGGAGAUACAUAUAUUUUCAAUUUCAAAUUUUCAUUUCUUUCAUAGAUAUGUAUUAAAAUAAAUUUUAUCAGAGACGUGAUUGUUUUUUCAUUCCUUUAUGUUGAGUAUUA